AUGGACUUGAGGUCUGGGAAGCAGCGGCAGUGUGGCAACAUCUGGGGCCCCUUGGUCCGAGGCUGGAAGAGCCUCUGGUCAGGUGUGAGGACCACGAGGUCAGGUCUGGAAGAACUGUGGGGACCUCGGGGGCAUUAGUGCCUGCAUCAGAAGCCUCUCGAGCCAGUCCCACUGCUGGUAGAGAAGCCUCUGUCUGAGUGGCCAGUGCCUCAGUUCAUCAACCUUUUUCUGCCGGAAUUUCCCAUUAGGCCCCUUAGGGGGCAGCAGCAGCUGAAGAUAUUAGGCCUUGUGGCCAAAGGCUCUUUUGGAACUGUCCUCAAGGUGCUAGAUUGUGGCCAGAAAGCAGUAUUUGCAGUCAAGGUGGUGCCCAAGGUAAAGGUCCUACAGAGGGACAGCCUGAGGCAGUGCAAAGAAGAGGUUAAUAUCCAGCGACAGAUCAACCAUCCAUUUAUGCACGGUUUGGGGGACAGCUGGCAGGGAAAACGGCACCUCUUCAUUAAUGACCCUCAAUACUGCCUAGUCUUCUGGUGGUUUGCAGUGUGCAGCACAGAUCUGUACUCCCUGUGGUCUGCUAUUGGCUGCUUUGCUGAGGCUUCCAUCCGCCUUUUUGCUGCUGAGCUGGUUCUGGUGCUGUGCUAUCUCCACGACUUGGGUAUCAUCCACCGAGAUGUGAAGGUAAAAUGGAUGGAGAAUAUCCUUCCAGAUGAACGAGGCCAUCUGAAACUGACAGACUUUGGUCUGUCCUGCCACCUGCCCCAGGGAGCCUGCACCUAUACUACCUGUGGCACCCUUCAGUAUAUGGCCCCAGAGGUCCUGAGUGGAGGGCCUUACAGCCAUGCAGUUGAUUGGUGGUCUCUGGGUGUCUUACUUUUCUCUCUGGCAACUGGAAAGUUCCCAGUCGCUGCAGAGAGAGAUCAUGUAUCUAUGUUGGCAAGCGUGACCCACUGUGAUGAGAUCCCAGCUUCUCUUAACCAAGGGCUCUCACUCCUGCUUCAUGAGCUCUUAUGUCAGAAUCCCUUCCAUUGUCUCUAUUUGCAUCACUUCCAGCUCCACCCUUUCUUUCAGAGUGUGGCCUUUGACCCAGAGCUCCUACAGAAGCAGCCUGUGAACACUGUCAUGAAGACACAAGCCACCCAACUCAGUCCAUCGGAGUCCAUGCUCUUCAAGGUUUGUGACCUGGAGUCCUACCUGGUUCGCCCCAGCCCUGCUUGAGCUCCUCUACUGUAGAUUAGGGCCUAUCUGGGAACCUGAGGAUCUCCCCU